AAAAUAAACGUACGUCUUUUGUAAUAUCUGCCAAAAGUGAAAAGUACAAGAAAAAAUACUUCAAUAAAAACAAAUUUAACUGUACAAAUUUCGGUGGACUCUAGCAAAACGGAUGGUGUAGUAAUGUUUAUCGAAGUGUAAGCUGUGUUAAGAGUAGGAGUCAUGGUUCUGGUAUUGAAUAUUUAAAUUUAGUGACUUUGUAUAUAUACCUACCUAAAGUUUCUGAAGUGAGAACAUGGGUGAUAAGAAGAAGGACGGAGAGAAGAAAGGGCCGGAGACGUCAGCAUUCGUGAAGGAUUUCAUAGCUGGUGGUGUGUCUGCGGCUGUGUCAAAGACUGCAGUGGCUCCUAUCGAGCGGGUUAAGUUGAUUCUUCAGGUGCAACAUGUCAGCAAACAGAUUUCGGCUGACCAACGGUAUAAAGGUAUCGUGGACGCCUUCAUCCGUAUCCCAAAGGAACAGGGCAUAGGGUCGUUCUGGCGAGGGAACCUGGCCAACGUGAUCAGAUACUUCCCAACACAGGCCCUCAACUUUGCGUUUAAAGAUGUGUACAAGGGUGUGUUUCUGGAAGGCGUAAACAAAAACACACAGUUUUGGAGAUACUUCGCUGGUAACUUGGCGUCGGGAGGGGCUGCCGGAGCCACCUCGCUGUGCUUCGUCUAUCCUUUGGACUUUGCUAGAACCAGAUUAGCGGCUGACGUGGGUAAAGGUAAAGAGAAAGAGUUUAACGGCUUGAUACAUUGCCUAACGAAGACAUUGGCGUCUGAUGGUCCAAUGGGUCUGUACCGUGGUUUCCUGGUGUCGGUCCAGGGUAUAAUUAUCUACCGCGCGACGUAUUUUGGCUUCUACGACACGGCGCGGGGCAUGUUGCCCGACCCCAAGAAUACUCCGCUAUUGAUCACUUGGCUUAUUGCUCAGUCCGUGACGACUCUGGCCGGUAUAACAUCGUAUCCUCUGGACACGGUGCGUCGACGCAUGAUGAUGCAGUCGGGGCGACCAGUCAAUGAGCGCCUGUACAAGAGCACAGCCCACUGCUGGGCUGUGAUACUCAAAACCGAGGGCCCUGGGGCCUUCUUCAAAGGGGCCUUCUCGAACGUGCUCAGGGGAACCGGAGGCGCGUUCGUGCUAGUUUUAUACGACGAAAUCAAGAAAGUUCUUUGAUUUACUUAGUGCAGAUAGUCUUAACAUCCACACAGUCCUGUGUCGUGUCAAUAACUGACGUCUAGUGUCAAUUUACCAUUGUGUAGAUAAAUUUAUUAACCAAUCGUAGUGUUUAUUUAGGUAGUGUGAAUUUGAAUUUGUACAAAUACAUGUUUUAAUAUGCUUUUUGCCCAUUCAAUGUUUGGACUCGUAAAAUGGAAUUGCGUACUGCUGUUGUGGCUGCCGGCCGGACUGUGUGCGCUGUUUAGUAAGUUCGUAAUAGUUGAACUGUGCAAGUUUGUGAUACUCCUGUGCGUUAUGUCCAUUCUAGUGCCUUUUAAUUGGCGUGAAUUAAAUUUUUAUAGUGUUGUCUACAUUAAGAAGGUCACUAUAUGCCUCUGUUUCGUUAUAUUAUAUUAUUUAUUCCCUUUUG